UGCCCGCCUCCUCCACCGCCGCCGCCGCCCCCUCUCCGCGCCCCCCGCCUCGGUAGUCACGCCCCCCGGCCCCGGCCCGCAGCGCCCGCCGACGCCAUGGGGUUCCUGUCCUUCGCCGGGAGGGUCCUCUUCGCCGCCGCCUUCCUCCUCUCCGCCUACCAAGAGUUUAAUGAAUUUGGAGUUGAUGGUGGACCAGCCGCAAAAGCUCUUGAGCCAAAGUUCAACACUGUUGUUGCAAAUAUUUCUACCCGUACUGGACUAGUGGUCCCUCAUAUUGAAUUAAAGCAUGUUAUUGGUGCAAUGAUUGCUUUGAAGGGUCUUGGAGGUCUCCUUUUUAUCCUCAGCAGUUCAUUGGGUGCUUAUCUCUUGUUGCUUCACCUCAUUUUUAUUACACCAAUUGUCCAUGACUUCUACAACUAUGACAUUGAAAGUGCUGAAUUUGUACCGCUCUUCACCAAGUUUGCACAGAACUGUGCACUUGUUGGGGCACUUCUCUUCUUCCUAGCCAUGAAGAACUCCAUCCCUAAGAGGCAAUCCAACAGGAAGAAGGCCCCUAAACCCAAGACGAACUAAGAUUCUCGAUGUCUGCAGCCACAUUAUUUGCCUAAUUGCUGGUGCCAGGGGAUGACGCCCUUCCUGCAGAAACCCCAACCCUCAUUCCUUUGGCAGCAUUUGAAGAUGGCAUUUGUGCGUGUGCAUGGUUCUCUUUGCAUCCCCUGAUCCUGACCCAUUCACCGGAUUUUUUUCUUAAGGCGCCCUGAUUACAUUCUAAUGGCUGAUUAGACGACCAGAUUGUACCAACAUGUACUUCCAUUUGGCUCUUGACUUCUUGAGGCAGGUUCUUAGGAAGCAAUCAUUAUUUAUAUACACUCUCCAUUAAUUUGCUGGGGAAUAUUUGCUUAGCAAACCCUUUGUGUUAUUGUGUAUGCUUUCUGUCAUGUUAGAGCAUUUGUGGAUUUCUUUGUUGAGGAAGAUACAUUAUCUGUCUGGUGCCAAAUGGCACAUCAAUCUGACUUAGCAUGCAAAUUCAAAGGCAAAUCUCAUUUCAGAAAUAUAACAUUCUCGUA